UGAUGAUAUAUCAAACAAAUCAAAGAUAAAAUGUACUAGUCUCUUUCUACCGUUGCUGAGUUUAUUAAGGGCAAACUAGUAGAAGAAGAAUAUAAAAGAAAUUAAUAUGUCAGGAUUUUGUGUGCUCGGAUGCGGCACUAUGGGCAAAGCCCUUUUGACCGGUAUCUUCGACUCCAUCAAAGAGCAAGAUCAGCAAGUCUCUAAGAAUGUAUCGGUUCCCGAUAGAUUCUAUGCUUGUGUAAAGUUUGCUCAAGAAGCCCGUGAUAUUGAAAAGCUGUUUGGUGAAACGGUUGGAAUUUCCGUCACCGCUGAAGAAAAUGUUCAAAAGGCGAAAGCAAGCGACGUUUUGUUGCUUAGUUGCAAGCCUCAAGGUGCUGAAGAGGUAUUAAGUGCUCCAGGCAUGAAGGAGGCAUUAAAAGGAAAGUUGAUCUUAUCAAUUUUGGCCGGUAAAACAAUUGAUUCCUUAAAGACUUUGUUGGACGACAGCACUCGUAUUAUUCGUAUCAUGCCCAACACCGCUAGUCGCAUCCGUGAAAGUAUGAGUGUGCUUUGUCCUGCUCCCAAUGCUACGGAGGCAGAUGUGGAAUUUGCUGAAUGGGUAUUUAACGGAAUUGGACGUACUAUGAAGCUUCCUGAAAAACUCAUUGAUGCUGCUACUGCCAUGUGUGGUAGUGGACCCGCCUUUGUUGCUACCAUGAUUGAAGCCAUGACUGAUGGUGGUGUUAUGAUGGGAAUUCCCUUUGCACAGGCUCAGGAACUUGCCGCCCAAACCAUGGUUGGUACCGGACAAAUGGUUUUACAAGGUCAACACCCUGCAAAGAUUCGUAACGACGUUUCUACUCCAGCUGGGUGUACGAUUAGCGGAUUGUUGGCAUUGGAAGACGGAAAAAUCCGUAGUACAAUUGCUCGUGGUAUUGAACAAGCCACUAAGACUGCCUCUGGUUUAGGAAAAUAAUCAUUCUUGACUAAGCUUCGUUUCUUCCUCAUCUUUUACCGUUCCUUGCCACUUGUCUAUUAUUUCUAUAUGCUAAUACUAAUGCACGUAAAUUUUUUAUAGUAUAAAUAAAGCAUAGAAAUACUAUUUGUGCUUCCUUUGGUUGUAGUUGAAUUGUA